AACGGUUUGAGAGGCAGGGGUUGACUGAGAGCGCCAGUCUGGAAACAAUGCUGCAAUCCUGUAUCAUUCCUUUAUUCUCUAGAUAAUGGAUUCUGAAUUAAUACAUAGUGUGGUGGGAAGCUAUCUUCAACCUCCAGAACAAGUGUUUGCUCCAUCAUUCAUCCAGAAUGAAUCAUCUCAGAAUUGCCACUCUGUGAACUUAGAAGUUCCCUCUCCUAAAAUGCUUCAGAGCCCAAAUAGCCAAGCUCUUGUUUUAGCCUUAAAAACUCUUCAGGAAAAGAUUCAUCGUUUAGAGUUAGAAAGAACACAAGCUGAAGAUAACCUGAACAUUCUUUCCAGAGAAGCAGCACAGUAUAAAAAGGCCUUGGAGAAUGAAACAAAUGAGAGAAAUCUGGCACACCAGGAACUGAUAAAGCAGAAAAAAGAUAUAAGUAUGCAGUUAAGUUCAGCCCAGUCUCGCUGUAUUCUUCUAGAGAAGCAACUAGAAUAUACAAAGAGAAUGGUUCUCAAUGUAGAGCGAGAAAAGACUAUGAUCCUAGAACAACAGGCACAGCUUCAAAGGGAAAAAGAACAAGAUCAGAUGAAGCUGCAUGCAAAACUUGAAAAGCUUGAUGUCUUAGAAAAAGAGUGCUUCAGACUGACAACAACCCAGAAAACUGCUGAAGACAAGAUUAAAUAUCUAGAGGAAAAACUUAAGGAAGAAGAACAUCACCGUAAACUAUUUCAGGACAAAGCUCUGAGUAAAAUUUUAAUGUCUUCAGUUACAAAUUCAAAAUCCUCCAAGGAAAAGAAGAAAUCAUCAAAGAAAAGUGCAUGUUUAAAAAAAGGACCACCUCAGCAAACUUAUUCAAAGUUUAGAGCACCAACUUUUGUGUCUGAAAAGUCGGCCAGUGCAGGCUGUUCUAUGAAUGCAAAUAUGCAAAACCUUCUGCAGAUGAUGCAACAGUGUGGCUUACAUAGCCUUCAGAAACCUGUUCAAGUGACUGAGCGUAGGUGUCUCUACAAGCCUACCAGAACAACUUUCCAGUGUCAAGCUGUACCUUGUGACUCAGAAAAGUCCAUUUCCAUUUGUGACAAUUUAUCUGAACUUUUGAUGGCAAUGCAAGAUGAGCUGGACCAAAUGAGUAUGGAGCAUGAAGAACUACUGAAACAAAUGAAGAAAACUGAAAGCCAUUCAGUGUAUGAUGAUAUAGAAUGUGAACUAGGGCAUUUACUCAAGAAAAUGGAAAUUAAAGGAGAGCAAAUCUCUAAACUGAAGAAGCAUCAAGACAGUGUCCGUAAACUGCAGCAAAAAGUUCAAGACUCAAAGAUUAGUGAAGCUUUGGGUUUUCAGCGAGAAGAUAGCAACCCUAAAGGAUCAAAGAACAUAAAAAAUAACUCCAGGAAAUGUUUGAACGAAACUAACCCUUUUCAGAAAAACAUCAGCUUUCAUCCUAUGCAAGUUCAUAAUCUUCGAGUGAAACUGAGAAGAGAUGAUAUCACGUGGGAACAGUAACACAAUAGCAAAA